ACAGAAUGCCCCUGAGACUACUGCUGACGGAGACAAAAAGACAAAGCAGCAAGGAAGGGGGUGGGCCAGGAAUCAGACCCUUAGAUGAAACAAGUCUGACUUGCUUUUGCACUGUCACACUUGGAGAGAGCUGCACGCUGUCUACAGGUGCUCUAUGAUCACUGGGAAAUCUGUGGGACGGAGAACAAAGAAGGCUAAUUUAAAGGAUACUUCAAGAAUUGUUGUGGAAGAAUUUGGGAUCACUUUAUUAAGUAUUUGUUACUUUAAUAAGGAAUUUGUUUUUCCUCAAUGGGAUAUACUAGGAAUGGAUUCUAACCGGACUACCCAUUUUGGCUGUUUUGGAUGGAUUUUCUGAAGUCGAACCAGAAGAAAGGACUGUGUGAACUAAAACAUUGGAGUGAGUAGCUUCUAAGAUUGGGGCAACAAUCUUGUGGGGUGGCCAGGGAAAGGGCAGGAGGAAGGGGGAGGGGAAGAGGUAGUCGUGGUCUGGUUCCAGUCUCUGGAGUGAAAUGCCUUCAGCAUGAGGCUUUGCUGAAGAAUGCCACAGAGGAGUGUUUGAUCACUUCAGUUUUGAACAGCCCAAAAAAAAAAAAAAAAACACUUUAAAGAUAUCUAUGUGCCCUUGAAGGAAAUACCAUCUUGUGGUUGGAAACAAUCUGUCUGCAGUACAUUUUUUGUUUUGCCCUGUUGAAUGAUUGUGGAUUGAGGAAAAUCCCCAAAUUGUGUAGUCUCACCAAACUUACACCCCAUAGUGCGACUUUGUUUCCUGUUGAGAUGGACAACACCACUGUUCAAAUGGAGGCUUUGACCCAGAUAUGGGCUGUCAGUGCCAGCUACAAAAAUUCCUCUCUGCAGCUACACAACAUCACCCACUGCCCAAAGAAUGACAACUUCAAAUAUCCUCUUUACAGCAUAGUGUUUAGCCUUGUCUUCAUGGUGGGACUCAUAACCAAUGUUGCAGCCAUGUACAUUUUUACUUGUUCACUGAAACUGCGGAAUGAGACCACCACAUAUAUGAUGAAUCUUGUGGUUUCUGACUUAUUAUUUGUGCUCACACUUCCCUUGAGGGUCUUUUACUUCAUCCAGCAGAACUGGCCAUUCGGCAGCCUGCUCUGCCAGCUCUCUGUCUCACUCUUUUACACAAACAUGUAUGGGAGCAUCCUGUUUCUAACAUGCAUCAGUGUGGACCGUUUCCUCGCCAUAGUACACCCCUUUCGUUCAAGGGGUCUCCGGACAAAACGCAAUGCCAAAAUUGUAUGUGCUACUGUUUGGGUUCUCGUGCUUUCUGGAAGUCUUCCAACAGGCUUCUUGCUGAACAGUACUAACAAGCAAAAAAACAACACAAUAGCCUGCUUUGAGAAUUUCUCUUCAAAUCAGUGGAAGAGCCAUCUCUCAAAGGUGGUGAUCUUCAUAGAGACAGUGGGGUUCCUUAUUCCUUUGAUUCUGAACGUGGUUUGCUCCGCUAUGGUGCUCCAAACUUUGAGGAGGCCACAGACUGUUAGUAGGGGAGGGAAGCUGAACAAGAGAAAGAUAUUGAGGAUGAUCAUCGUCCACCUCUCCAUCUUCUGCUUUUGUUUCAUUCCCUACAACGUCAACCUUGUCUUCUACUCACUGGUGCGGACAAAAACCUUGGAGGGCUGUGCAGUCGAAUCAGUGGUUCGGACAAUCUAUCCGAUCGCUCUGUGUAUUGCUGUGUCCAACUGCUGUUUUGACCCCAUCGUCUACUAUUUUACCUCAGAGACAAUACAAAACUCCAUUAAGAGGAAAUCUCAGAUGAACCAUUCCUUUGAUGUCAAGUUCUCUGAGGCUUUACGUUCAGAGACAACUAGCUCCUCUUUUCAGUUCAGCCUGAGGUCAAUAAAGAACAAGAUGUUCCAGAAUGAGUCUAAUGUAUAAGGACAAGUAUUGAACAAAUGGAUUUAAAGAAACUGAAUGUACAAAAAGCACUCUGCAGUGGAUGAAAUGUGGCAUAAAACAUGCAAAUAUGCCCUAAUUUGGAUCUGUUAAUAACUCCCAGGGCAGUAAGUAAACUACGCCCUUUUAGAGGGAUUUACCUCCCUCUUUAAGUCAUCCUUCAGCCCAGUACUUGGGGACACACCUGUUUUCAAUGGAAUUAUAUCCAAACAUUUGGAAUACUUAACUGUGGAGUAUGAAUAAAACAAAUAUACUGUAAAUCGACUGGAACUUGAUUAAACAAGACAAACACCUCUAACUAUAUGUGAAUGAACUUACAUUUUCAGAAUGGCAAGUAAAUGUGAAAAUAAUAUAAUGUACAUAACCACUAUUUAAUUAAACCUACAAAACAAAAAAGAAUGAUAUACCAUUUUAUGCAAUGCCACAUGUAAACACAUUGACUGUCUGAAGUGUCAUACUAUUAACAAGCUGAAAACUUUUGUUGGCGCUUAUAUAAUACUGUAUAUUAACUUUGCACUGAUACUGACACUGUCAUAAUGUUUUUUCUGUUACAAACUUCAUUUGAUAAUAAAGUUUUACAAUUGUAGGUAGAGAUGUUUAUUUACAAUAUAUUAUUAUCAGUUCUUCUCCCUAUGUAAUGUCCAUUCAAAAAAGUUUAAAUAUCAUAUUUAAAUAUUCAGCAGUUAUGGUUUAAACUGAUACUAUCUAUAUGCCUCCGUAAAUGUACUGCCAUAUUAAUAUAAAAGAUGAAGUUCUGUUGUUAGCUAUUUUGUUUGUCUAAUAUUGACACAAAAAAAAAACAGUCUCUUGACUAAAUGCAUUGUAAGAAGAUUGUUUUAAUUGCUCAAUGUGUCAUUAACUGAAUAGUGAAUCAGAUGUGAUUUAUUCACCUUGAUGAAGUGAAGUCCCAUUUAAGAACCUACUUUGUUU